AUGGCCGGCCAUCCGAUCAUGAAAUCGGUCCUGUCGCUGAUCGAGAACGACAACUCGAACAUCCUUCAUUUGGCGUUUGGAUCCCAGAAGAUGAAGCCGGGCGACAAGAUACCCAAGGGAGAAGCUCAAGGGCUCCCGACACUGGGUUGGAAUGCGCCCUCGAAACAGAAGUUCCUUGUCAUCAGCCUCGACCUCGACGCGCCCUUUCCUUCGUUUGCACCCUUGAGUCCCGCCCUGCACUGGCUACAGGCCGGCCUUGCAGCCCAAGGAGCAGGCGAUGACCUGACCUCCCCGGAUCCCGCCAUCGCCUUUUGGGCUGGCCCCGGUCCUCCGCCGAUCAGCAGCCCACAUCGAUAUAUCUUCUUGCUCUAUGAGCAGCCGGCCGACUUUGACCCAAGAAUGUUUACCAAAACGCGUGGAUUUGGCAUCAGGGACCGCAUGAGAUGGGAUCUUUCACGAUUCGAGAAGCAGGCGAAGCUACGCCCAGCAGUCGCAGCCACGUAUUUCUUUAGCAAUUAG